UGACUUAUGCAUACUUGACAAGAUGGAGGGAAUGCGCCGAUGUCAUUCGCAGGGAUUUCGGACUGCCUGCAAUUCAAUUUCUCAUGGAAGAUGAUUACAUCGAAAAUGGAAUCGUUCAGUCGGUGAAUCGAACGUUUCUGGAAUUGAAGAGAAGCUUCGCUCGCGCCCUCCGCUUCUUUGGAAACACGGACGAUAGAAUGAGCAGAAUUUUCUUUAACAAGCUGAACGCUAUGAAAUUGAACACAGGGUACCAAAAUGCUAUCAAUGAUGAUAGACUAGACGAAGUUUAUAAUGCCCUCGAAGUCGGAGACGACUACUUCAGGAACGUACUUCACUUGAAGAAAUUCAAAGCACGCUAUUUCUUAAUGAGACUGUGGUAUGGAAAUGGAGAAAGUCAAAGAAAUGAAAUUUCUCUCAGCCGAAACCCAUUGGGAGUUGAAGCCAGUUACGAUUAUAUCACCAAUACAGUUAAUAUUGAUCUCGGAUUACUGCUGCCUCCAGUGCUCCUAGCCAAAACGAAAUACCCAAAGUACUUGAAAUAUGGGCCAAGCUCCAUCAUAGCAAGAGAGAUGAGUCAUGCUUUUGAUACAACAGGAAUAUUUUAUGAUGCUGACGGCAAUAAAAUAGAGGAAGAAUUUUGGCCACAAAUAUUACUUCGCAAAUAUGAGUAUUUUGUGUCGUGCUUACGUAAUCAACUUUUACUCCUGAAUGACGUAAUCACGGAGGUCAAUGCCACUGAGAUACUGAAUCAAGUGAUUGCAGAUCUGGGAUCCUUUGAUAUUAGCUACAAGAUGAGAAAUGGCCAAGCCAUCUACAACAGCUGA